AUGGCUACCCCUAAGGACGAGCCCUUCACAGCAUCGGUUCUUGCCUCCUUUGGCCCCGGUGCUCCAGCGCGAGCCAAAGAGAUUUUGACGGCGUUGAUUCGCCAUCUCCAUGCAGCCUGUCGAGAAGUCAAUCUCACGACGGAUGAGCUUUACAUGGGAUUGGAUGCGCUCAAUCGUGCGGGCCAGAUGAGCGACGCAAAACGUAACGAGAUGUUGCUGGUAUCUGAUUGCCUUGGCGUGGAAGCACUUGUGGACCGAAUCACCCACAAGACUUUGGCAGAAGAUUCGACAACCGAUUCCUGCAUCCUGGGCCCCUUUUACCGAGCAGACGCACCCCUCUAUGAGAAUGGCGCCAGCAUCAUUCAGCAGUAUCUGGGAGGUGAUGUUGGUUGGUUUCAUGGACGCGUUCUCGACGCGGAUUCCGGAAAGCCCAUAGCUGGCGCCAAGUUGAACGUAUGGGAAUGCGCGGCCAAUGGCUUGUACGACCAACAGGAUCCGAGCCAACCUGACGGAAACAUGCGCGGUAUCUUCACAUCUGACUGGGAAGGCCACUUUAGCUUUUACUGCAUCAAGCCGGUUCCCUACCCGAUCCCAUAUGAUGGGCCGGCAGGAGAUAUCCUGGAGCUCAUGGACCGCUCGCCGUUUCGGGCAGCGCACAUACAUUUCAUGGUGGAGAGCAAGGGCCAUCGCCGGCUUGUUACGCAAGUCUUCCCAAGUGACGACAAGUACCUCGAACACGAUUCGGUGUAUGCGGUACAAGACGACCUUAUCAUUCAGUUCGGGCCCCCAAGCGAGAAGGCCUUGAAGGGACGAGGCGUACCAAACUUGGACAUCCCUGUCAAAUGGGAGGUGGAAUAUGACUUCCGGAUCCAGAAGCACUAG